GAGAGACCGACCACAUCUGGAGGAAAAUAAAGAAUCAUCACUUCAUGUCCUCCACCCUCUGUCUUAUUCUCCUCCCUCUCUCUCCGUCUCUUUUUCUGACUGGGGAAUGAGCUGGAGACAGUAGACAGGCGUCGUAAGCAAGCGAUGCUCCUUUGAAAUGUAUUUAUUUUAGAACGAUUCAUCGUAACUUGACACAAUUCUAUAUCUCCUGACAAUUUGAUCUGCUCGUACUCUAACGAAACAGUUUGCGUGUUUAGUCUAAGUAUCGCAUUUAGAGUUGGAUAUGGUCAACUGGAUCCAGGAGUGUUUUUGAUGAAGACAUCUGGCGCUUUAACCGUUCCGCGUUAAACGGACCGCGCGCGCGCUUCGAGUCGACUCAGCGGUCACGUAUCUCGGAGUCAGACGGAGCGUCUUCAUUGAGGCUGGUGGAUGAAAGCCAUGCUGUCGCUGGACGAGCCCCUGGACUUGAAGAUUUCCUCUGGUCGUGACAGGACGCUGAGAAUGUCCAUCUGCGCCCCGCUGCACUUUUCCCGCGCUCGAAUAUCCCGUGCUUUGCACAAGCCCAAAAGCCCUGAUGCAGCUGACAAGGACAUGUCAGAUUCCUCAUCGUCCACGGUGGUAGAUCUGAGUCUGUCUCCAUCUUCCUCUCCCUCACCACCCUCUCCUAUAGAUAGUGGCGCCAGCUGGAGCCCCAGAGCGCCUCUUCUGGCCUCAGAAUCUGAAAGCACCACAUACCAUGAGGACGGCGCCUCUCAUCCUCCAGGUUUCCAGUUCUUUCUGCCAAUUGGUGCAGAGGGUCCCCUGUGCCUGCCCUCCUCAAUGCUGAUUGGCCAGCACUCCCCUGAGCCCUCGAGUGAUGAACAGCUGGCCUGCCGCUGGCUAAAGUGCCAUCUGCUGUUCGAGAGCCUGCAGGAUCUGGUGGACCACGUGAAUGACUUGCAUGUGAAACCAGAGAAGAAUUCAGGAUACUGCUGCCACUGGGAGGGCUGCGCACGCAAGGGAAGAGGAUUUAAUGCCAGGUACAAGAUGCUGAUUCAUAUCCGCACACACACCAACGAGAAACCUCAUCACUGCCCUACCUGCCACAAGAGUUUCUCACGCCUAGAGAACUUGAAGAUACACACCCGCUCACACACAGGAGAGAAGCCAUACAUCUGUCCUUACGAAGGCUGCAACAAGCGUUACUCAAACUCCAGCGACCGCUUCAAACACACGCGCACGCACUACGUCGACAAACCUUACUGCUGUAAAAUGGUGGGCUGUCUGAAGCGCUACACCGACCCCAGCUCUCUCCGCAAACACAUCAAGGCACACGGCCACGCUGUAGUGCAGGAACGUGCUGCCUCGCCCAGAACCAACAGGCUGGAUGGUGUCUCAUCGAUGGAUCGACCUUACCCUGGAGCGGCUCGUUUCAUCCUACCAGGUGCGGCGACGACCUUAUUUGGGGCUCACACCUACGCUGGACCCCUUAGCGGUCAUCCCCUGGAUCUCUCCAGGCUCAGUCCGCUUUUAGGAGCCAGGCCGAUGCUGUACCCCAACUCAGGUGCUCUUGGGCUUGGGAAGGUGCCUAUCCUGCACCCGUUGUUGUUGCCGCCAUUCGGUCUCAGUUUGGGUCAAACUGAAAGAACAGUUGUUGAAGAAGAUGAUGAUGUUGAUGAUGAAAAUGAAGGCAGGAUGGGAGUAGGACGAGGCCCUCACUCAUGGGUCGUGAUUCCUCCGGGCAUGCUGUUCUUGAAACAGAUGGCAAGCACGUAAAGAGACUCAUAAACCGUGUUCACACUGCACACCAAUCUGAUUUGGAUUUCAAAUCAGAUUACGGUCUCAUUUUGCAAGCGCUGAAAUCAAAUUGAUCAUGUUAUGUCCCAAAAAUGAUUGUUUAGAUUUUAAUUGAAUUUUGAACUGUUCACGAAUUUGGUGUGAAUCUAGUUCGUCUGUUUUCCGUUCACACUACAAAAGCUAAACUGGUUUGAACCAGAUAUGCCAAAAAUGCUUCUUUUGAUUCCAGACAAGGCCUUAUGGGCCGUUUACACCAAUAACAAUAACUUUCGGAAAUAGCCAUUUUCCAGCUGAUAAAAAAUUGACAGCCAGUCAGAAUCCACCCAACUUUAAAGAGCAUGAGUGUUUAAAGCAACAAGCAAAAAAAUAACUACAGUGUUUACUUACAUUGAACAAAAGGUUGUUGUCCAUUUAUGUGAACUCUAUUAUAGUUAUCGUUAUAGUUAUCUUUAUAGUCGUUGUUAAAAGUGUGAAUGAGCCACUCACUUUAGUACUUGCAAUUUACAAGGAACGGGGUGUUGGCUUUUAAGGGAAUAAGCUGGGAGAGUGUAAUUACAGAAUGUUUAAAUAGGCAAAACAAAGGUAAUUCCAAUAUUUACUUUUUUUCCCCCAGUACUUCUUGGUACAAUGAGCAGAAUUCAUGCACCAUCAGUGCACAAUAUCAAUCAGUAUGUCAUGAAAGACGUCAGAAUGUAUGUAAUGUGAUGUCAGGCAAGAAAUUAAGAGAAGGUGGUGCUUCAUAAUUAAUAGUAUGCCCUUGAUUUGCGUAAUGGUCUCCUGGAGAAUGUUGACAGUGACCAAACAGAGAACAGGAUGUGAUAUGAAAAGCAUACAUAUGACACACGUUUUUAGAUUUAUGCUAAAAUGCACCUGCUAUGAGCUAACAAAGCUUUGUCUACUAAAACUAUAGGACACUGAAAAGGCCGGAUAUGUUCAUUUAUUAUAAUAAUAACAACAAUAAAAACUAAAACACUAAAAUAUGUAGUUUUAAAUGCUACAAGUGAAUUUAUACAUUACAGCAUUUUAAUGUAAGUAUGAAAAAGGAUAUUCAUCUUGAUAUUAACUUUUGAAAGUGCCAUUCAGUUUGUUAAUUGUUGUUAACAUUAAAUUAACGUUAAAUGAGCAUUAAAACGCAACGAUAAAUAAAAAAGAAAUGUUAAAAUAUAAAAUAUAACCAAUUUGGUAAGUAAUGUAGUGUCUAUAAAAUGAACUAGUUGUUGAAGCAGAUGUGUGGCUUAUUCGCAAAUUUUUAAAUCUGUAUGUUUCUCACAACCAAGAAGUAAACAAUUUGGGACAUAUCGUUACUUACAAAGUUACAUUUAAAUUAUGACUUAGCGAAUUGAGCAAAGACGUGCACCCUGAUUGCUAUAAGUAAUCAUCAGUUUGUGUUUCAUUAUUAGCCAUUUAAUGGUGCCGCUUUAUGUUUUGUAUGUUUCGACGACGAGACAUUGACUAUGUCAAAAUCAUGUGAUGACAUGAGUCCACUUGGACUCCACUAUUUGUUAUCCAUUAUUUAAUCCUAUGGUUAGCAGAUUGGUAAACCUUUAUGCAUGGCUGACCUUUCUCAUUUAAGUGUAAAACCAGAGCCCGGUUUGCACCGGGAACUGCAUAUAUAAUGUUGUAUAACUCUUAUUUGAUAUCUGCCAUGCAUAAUGGAUAAAUGCUAAGACUAUGGCCUAUCACGGUCAGCUUGUGUGUCGUAAUGAACUAUAUUUGCACAGGAUAUUUUAUUGAUUUUUACCAAUACCAAGUGCCUUAUAUUGUAAGGUUGUUAUUGACGAAAUAUGAUUUACGAAAUCCAUUUGGAUGUAUACGGUCAGUUCUUGUAUGUAUAUUUUACCAGAUUUAGUUCAACAGGUUUUCCUGACGUUGAGGCUAAUGCCUCAUGAAGUUGAGCUAACGCUAAUGUGUCUUACCACAGGACGUCUGUCAAUGUGACCGGAAUGAAAUAGAGGACAAUGAUGCAUAAGUCCAAUAAAGAGUGCAAUGACUAAA